AUGCAGCUGUACGUAAAGAAGGAAGACAUGGCGGCGGUGACGGCGUUCUACCUCCUGAUAUACUAUUUCGGUCUCGGGGUGCGGUCGUCGAUCUCAGGGGCGGUGAGGACCCAGGUGAUGGACCGUGAGCUUAUCAAACACAUGGACGACCCUAAGGAAGCGUUGCAGGCGUACCCGUUGCCGUUCAACUACAUCAAAACCCAGCCGUGGGGCGACCCGAUGCGGCAGAAGAUGGUCGACGCCUACGACCACGUCCAGUGGGUGCUCUGUGUCGUCGGUGUGUGCUUGAUGGCGCCGAUGUUCAUCGCUGCCCUCGUGAUCAAGGACCGUUAUCUUCUCAGCAAGGGCGGGUACGAAGAUGAUGACAGCAUUGAGGAUGAGAAGCACAAGCUCGGGCGGCCGAGUAUCCUCGACAAACUUCCUUUCGUCAAGCGGAAGGAGAAGGAGACUCCGGCUCACUUCAAUGAGCCCAUUUCCGACCUGUCGCUCGACCACCAUUUGGACGAGGACGUGUCGCUAGAGAAAUAA